AUGAACGUUUUGACUAUAUUGAUGCUAUUCUGUUUCCUUAAACCGAUCAAACCUGAAAUUUACUUAUCAAAUUUGAAUGCAACUUGUCUGCGAUGUAUUUGCGUUGGACUUACGAACUGUAAUGUUCUUCGAGGAUGUGAGAAUGAAUAUUGUGGUCCAUUCUACAUAUCUAGAAUCUAUUGGGCAGAUGCUGGAAAGGUUGUCUUUCCUGACGACAAUCCAAACAGAGAAAAUUCGUUUUCAGACUGUGCGAGUGACUACCCGUGUGCAUCAAAAAUCAUCACAAAUUACAUGAUAAAAUAUGCGAAAGAUUGUAACGACGAUAAUGUAAUAGAUUGUUCAGAUUAUGCAGCUAUUCAUCUCAAUGGAUUUGCUAAUUGUGAUGUGAAAUUAGAAAGUUUGUCUCAUGGACGGGAUUUUUUGAGUCGAUAUAAUCAGUGCAAAUUGUAUUAA